AUGGAACCUAUCGCGCCAUACACACGCCCGGAGACAGUUUUAAAGAGGGCUGAGGAGCUUGUCGCUGUCAACCAGCACACAGCUGCGCUUCAAUCUCUCCAAGAGAUGUUCACCUCGAAGCGCUUCAGAUCGACGCCUUUAUCUUCAUUAGAGCCGAUCAUGCUCAGAUUCGUUGAAUUAUGCGUCACUCUCCGUAAAACUAGAUCUGCAAAGGAUGGUUUGCUCCAGUACAAAAACAUAUCUCAGAAUUUCAGCGUACAAUCCAUUGAAUUGGUUUUAAAUCGUUUCUUACACUUAUCUGAGGAGAAGGUUAUUGACGCAAAGCGCACCGUCGAUUUGCUCCACCCAGAACCCCAAGAUUCCGCUGUCGCUGUCGAUGAUUUGGAAGCUGCAGAGACUCCCGAAUCUAUUCUCAUGAGCGCUGUGUCUUCUGACCAGAAUCGCGACAGAACCGAAAGAGCUGUCGUUACUCCUUGGUUGAAGUACCUUUGGGAUGCAUAUCGUACUGCACUCGACACUCUCCGCAACAACGCUCGUCUUGAAAUUCUCUACCAACAAAUCGCUAACGAGGCUUUCAAAUUCUGUCUUCAAUACUCUCGUAAGACGGAAUUCAGACGUCUUUGCGAAUUGCUUAGAUCUCACGUCGCCAACGUCUCAAAGUACGCUCACCAAGCACACUCCAUCAAUCUCACAGACACUGAGACUCUUCAACGUCACUUAGACACCCGCUUUGCUCAGCUCUCUGCUGCGGUUGACUUAGAGUUAUGGCAAGAGGCCUUCAGAUCAGUCGAAGACAUUCACAACCUCCUCGUCAUUGCUAAAAAAGCCCCAAAGUCGUCUAUUAUGGCUGAAUACUAUGAGAAGUUGACGAGGAUCUUUUUGGUUGCCGAUAACCGCCUCUUCCAUGCCGCUGCUUUCUCUCGCUACUAUGGUUUGGCUCAAUUUACAGUGGCCAACGAUGCUGAGCAUACAAAAUUGUCUGACUAUGUCCUUCUCUCUGCUCUCGCUGUACCAGUACACAUUUCGUCAACUGAAGACGCUGUCCGUGCCAACCAAAAGCUCUCGUCAAUCUUGAGCCUUCAAAAGAUCCCAACUAGAAGCUCAUUAUUGACCGACGCUAUUGCAAACGGUGUCCUCAAGCGUGCUUCUAAGGAUGUGCGUCAACUUUACCAACUCUUAGAAGCAGAUUUCCACCCUCUCAAUGUGUGUGAAACUGUUGCCCCACUGCUCGCUUCAAUUGGUAAAGACGAGAGCACCAGCAAAUAUAUCGAGCCACUCCAAAAUGUCGUUCUCACUAGAUUGUUUGAGCAGCUUGCCCAGCUUUACGAUACCGUUGACAUCUCCUACGCUCUCAACCUCGUCAAGCCACUCGGCAGGAACUCAGAGAAGGAAGUGGAGAGAUUUGUUAUAGGAUCAGUUGCAAUUGGUGGACUCAAAGUGCGCAUUGACCAUGUCAAGAAGAGCAUUGCAUUCCAAGAGGAUAUUUUUGCCCAUUCAAGAGCGAGCGAGGUGGCAGUUGAGGAGACUUCCAAGGUGCAGCCAACGCCAGCUGACUUAGUACGCUACCAAUAUGCACACCUGAGCGAUGUGCUUCAAAACACCCUGUACAGAAUCGACGGGACAUCGCUGCAAAAAGCUCAGAAGACCGAAGAGGACGCAUAUGCGCAUGCCUUGGCCAGCAUGGAAGAGGAGCGUAAGGGGUACCUCUACAGACGCGCUAUUAUUACCAGACGCCGCGAACUCGCCGAUGAGCAUUCAGCCAGACGCGAGAAAGAAGACAGCGAGGCGAGAAGCCAACGCGCUAAGGUCGCAGCAGCUGAGCAGACUAAGCGUGAGCAUGAAGAUGGUAUUCGCAAAGAGCAAGAGCGCAGACGUCGUGAAAUGGAGAGUAUCCGUAUCGAUGAAGCUAAGAAGCUUGCGCAGAACCUGGCGGAGAAGUCAGGACUUAAGGUGAACGUCAAUAACCCAGAGGAGCUCGACACUGACAAGCUUGUGGCGCUUCAAGUUGAGCAUCACAAGAAGGAGCAGAACCAGAUGUCAGAGAAGCUGCGCGUCAUGUACAAGCGUAUGGAUCAUCUUGAGAGAGCGUUCAGACGUGAGGAGAAGCCACUGCUCGUAAAGGACUUUGAAGAACAGCAAAAGGCAGACAGGGAACUGUAUGAUGUCAAGAGCAAUGAGACGAAGAAGGUCUCGAGGGAGACAUUCGAACAGAACCUGGCCACCAAGAACCGUCUUCAGAGAAUCCAACCUGCUUACGCUGCAUUCCGAGCAGAUGUCGAAACCAAGGCGGGCGAGAGGCACAAGGAGCUCGAGCGUCAAGCGAACGAGGCAAUUAGCGCGGAGAUAGCUGAGCGUCAGGCCAAGGUAGCUGAGCAGAAGAGGCUCGCACAGGAGCACGCAGAUGCUCAGCGUGCCCUAGCGGAAGCCCAAGAAGCUGAGCGCGCACAAGCCGAGGAGGUUGAGCGCAAGAAGCGUGAUGCUCUUAUGGCAGACAAGGAGCGUAGCGAGGCCGAGGCCAAUGAGCGCAGGGCUGAGCGAGACGCCGAGCGCAAGAAGACAGAGGAGAUAGUCAGGAAACAAAACGAACGUGAAGAGGCAGCUCUCAAGAAACAGCGCGAAACUACCUUCCAAAAGACGGGCAGUGUGUGGGGCUCUCGCACACCAGGGUCAGAAUCAUCAGGCGCUUCUACGCCUUCGACUGGCGGUCCUCCUGCUGGUAGCUGGAUGGCGCGCAGACGUCAGGCUGAGGCUGAAGGAAAACUCUCAAAACCUGCCUCUUCCACUCCACCACCACCACCACCAGGUAACCCUGCAGCUCGCAGCUCUCGCGCCCCUCAAGGUGCACAGGAGAAACCUAGCGCUUUCGGUAGCAUGAGGAAACCCGACAGUGCUAGAUCUGGCGGCGGUGCUCCCCCACCACCUAACCCACAGAGAAGCAGGUGGUAA